AUGUCUUCAUCACCAGCUGUGGAGCCCUCUUCUCCAUCCACUACUCCUUCUUCACCGGCUUUGAAAGCUGACAGCGGCCAGUUCCAGACUUCCACACCAUAUUUCACUGGAAGAAAGCAACCCCAGCCUCCCCUGAACGUUAUACUUCCAGCCCCAACACCAUCAACACCCCCUACAUAUAGCGAAGCCACCUUGACCCCACCGCCUCGUUCGCCAGGUGCACCUCUAGUGAGUCCUGCCUCAGGAGAUCGUGCUCAUCCACCAGACGGUACAUCAUCAGAUAAGUCUUCAGAAACAGCGAAGAGAAAGAAAAGAGCAGCGUCAGCGUUAUUGCAUUCUAUUGAAGAUCCGUCUGUUGUGGUGUUAGCCGACUGGCUUAAGGUCCGUGGCUCUCUCAAGUCUUGGACCAAGCUAUGGUGCGUCCUGAAGCCUGGUCUAUUACUGCUUUACAAGAGUUCUAAGGCGAAGAGCAGUCACUGGGUUGGCACAGUCCUGCUAACAUCCUGCCAAGUGAUAGAACGCCCGAGCAAGAAGGACGGCUUCUGCUUCAAGCUCUACCAUCCCCUGGAACAGAGUAUUUGGGCUCCCCGGGGACCUCAUAACGAGACUAUAGGAGCAGUAGUCCAGCCGCUGCCGACGGCGCACCUGAUCUUCCGCGCGUCCUCGCAGGCCGCCGGCCACUGUUGGUUAGACGGACUCGAAUUAGCUCUAAGAUGCAGCAAUGCUAUGUUAAGAUGUUCCCGGUCACGGCCUGAGCAGACGGUAGCUCCCGACGCGCCCCAGACACAGACAAAUUUGUCGCAUGAGGACCUUGAGAAGCACUUUAAUGAACACGUGCUUAAAGUAUCUGAGCUAUCGUCCUGUAGUUCUCCUUUAAUGUCCGUAUCUGACUAUUCGCCCAAAAGACCAUCGUCAGUAGACUAUCAAAUGCCAAAGAAAUCAAAAACUCACAAGACAAAAUUCACAAACUUCAUGGAAUCCAUAGAAAUCAUGUCAAAAGAUCACGACUCCAGUGAACCACACACACCAGACGGAGAUAGCAAGUUCUUAGACUUCUUGAAAAGAAAAGAGACGAAUGCAAUCCGGAAUACACCAUCUACAUCUUCUGUUCGAGUAUUGAAAGUACCAAAAGAGAAUAAAAUUACCAGCAAAAGUUUGGCUUCAAGCCCGUACAGAGCUGAACUGAAGAAGUCUCCUAUACUGAGAUGCUUGGAAUUUCCAAAAAUAUCUCUACUAGAAAAGGCUAGAGAGAAAUCCUCUCCAACGAAUAUUCUAGAAGAAAAUUUCCUCAAAUUUAUGUCGACAUUUCCCAAAAGACGUAGUUCCACCCCAUCCACUUUUAAACAGAAACGGAUUAGCGACUUGAGAGAAUCGGGGGUCAAGACCGAUUCGGAAAACGAUGACGUAUUCAUAAAGAGUCAGAGGAAAAACAUAUAUAAGGGGUCUGAAGUAAUUUGUGACACGCCUAUAAAUUUAAUAAUUAAAACAGCGCCAUCUGUGGAAAGAGUAAGGGGAAUUAGUAGUACUUCGAGUGAUGAUGACACAUAUAGGAAAUCGCCCGCAUGCUCGCAUUUAAGCCAUGUACACGAGAAAUUUUCGCUCAUAGACUACAGCAAGCUGCCGUCGGCUAGCUUUGAAGCGAACCGCACGGCGAGAAAGGAUGAUAUUAUGACGUCACACAAUGUUUACAUAGCUGGGAAUAUCGUAUCGAGCGGUCAUUUAAGCGGUAUAUAUGUGCCUCCGUCUACCGACUGA